UUCUGAAUGCUGCCAGCUGCUCGCGCCUGAAGACUAGAAGAGAGCCAGCCACAUUCAACCAUGAAAUUCCAAACAAUCUUUUUGCUGUUGACAACAACUGUUAUCUGCCUAGCUACUCAUGGAAUCACAAAAAACACGGGAUGCAAAUGUGUGAAAGUCAGCUCUCAUUUCAUUUCACCACGAAGAUAUCAGCAUAUCGACAUAUUUCCUCCGAGCACCUUCUGCAGGAAAGUAGAGAUUGUAAUUACCCUGAAGAAUAUGAUGAAGAUCUGUGUGAAUCCCCAAACUCCAUGGGUCAAAAGAGUUGUUGGUCUCCUUACUGAAAAAUCAGAAGUCACUACUCCACCUGCUGAAGUGACUUCAACUGAAUGAAUAUGAAUUGAUCCUACACAAGGCAAAAUUCUACUGCUUACUGAACCAAGUUUGUACGUUUAAGCUAAACUGUAGCAGACUUACCAAUAUCUGAAUUAUUUUCUAUUUUGCUCACACACACUCCAGCCAAUAUCACUGAUGCACAUAAAUCCUUGUAGCAUGCCAGUGGCUUUUUAUGCUAUUUUGAUAUAGUUUCUGGUGCAUAAGAGUUAAUGCGUCAAAAUAUUUGAGCCAGUAAACUGAAAUGUAUCAACAAAGGUCUAAGUAUAAAGGGAUUUUAGGUUGAUUUUCUACUGCCCACGCACAUUUAGAGGCAGAGGUCGAGAUAGAUUCUUGACUAACAAGGGAGUUAAAGGUUAUGGGGGGGUAGGUAGAAUGUAGAGUUGAGCCCACAAUCAGAUCAUCUUGAAUGGCAGAGCAGAUUCCAGGAACCGAACUACUUAGUCUGGCUCCUAAUUCGUAUGUUUGCACAUACACAUAUUGAAAGAAAUAAUUAUUCUCUCAUUGCAGUUACGAAUAAAUUGUUUGAAAAUGUACAUGUUUUAUAAUAGUUUUCUAAAACUGUGGGAGUGUCUGGCUUUAGGAAUUCUAGAUCUGUAAUGUAAUCAAAUGUUAUGACAACAUAGAGGCAAUAUCACCUGUUAGAUCACUGAUUAGGUAUUGAUGAUUAAAUAGAGUGCUCUGAAAUUUAGCACAGCUCAGUUGUUAGGCUGUGACAAUUACUUAUAUGACAAUCAACUUUACAAACAUGGCUUUAUAUUUUUGUUGUCACUCAGAUGAUAACUUUUGUAUUCAGUGAAUUUUAUUUUUGAGGCUAUUGGUAAAUAAAUGGCUCAGUUGUGUUAA